AGCGGAGUUUCGGUUGACGUCCUGCAGCCCCUCCUUCGCUCGCCACUUGCACCGUUCUGAGUUCCGGCUGCAGAACCGAGCAAUUCCGUAGCCCUCAGGUGAGGUAAUUCGCCUUUGAACAGCCCAAUUCUUGCUGUUCCAACGCCCAAGAACUGAAAGAAACAUCCAGACCGGCACCAUACCCGCGGAGAGGUUCAGCCCUACCCCAGUCCAUUCUCCCGUGCUGCCGACACCCGCUGUGCCCAGACAUUCCUUCCAGACUUCCGCGGCCAGGCACUGCCGCAUGAUCCGCAUACAUAGUAGACUAAACACGUGCUUGCUACCUGCCCAUUCAUCCAUGCGAGUGGAACUUUGAGUCUUUCGAGGUGCAAUGUUGAAUGCUUCGGAUGUCGCGAAACAUAAUACUCGCGAGUCGUGCUGGGUCGUUAUUGAGGGACAAGUAUAUGAUGUUACAGACUUCCUGGACGAGCAUCCGGGCGGUGCUUCGAUAAUACUGCGGUAUGGCGGAAAGGAUGCCACCGAAGAGUAUUUGCCUGUGCAUCCCCCAGGCACUAUUGAGAGCGAGCUUCCCAAAGAGAAACAUCUGGGUAGAAUCGACCCAGCAACCAUAACUUCCCCGUCCGCUCCCCAAACCGAUUCGACCCAAAAAGCCAAACCAUCACAAGGCACAACACCAAUCGCACUAUGUCUCAACCUCCACGACCUCGAGAGCGCCGCAAAGAAAGUCCUGACCAAACGUGGCUGGUCAUACUACUCCUCUGCCUCCGACGACCUCCUCUCCCACCACGGCAAUCUCUCGGAUUGGAGCCGUAUCACCUUUCGACCACGCGUGCUCCGCAACGUAAAGGCUGUCAGCAUGAAAUGCAACCUCCUUGGCCACCAAAGCAACCUCCCCUUCUUCAUCGCACCCGCCGCUCUCGCUCGACUCGGGCAUCCAGACGGCGAAAUCUGCCUUGCACGCGGCGCAUCUCGCUUCAACAUCCCCUACGGCGUCAGCACCGCAUCGUCUGUCUCCGCUGAAGACCUCGCGGCAUGCAUGCAAGAGCAAGCAGCGGGUGGUUGUCUCUGGUUCCAGCUGUAUGUGAAGAAAAAGGAGUCGGAGACUAGAGCUUUAAUCCGCCGCGCGCGUGCCUUGGGCUUUAAGGCACUUCUGAUUACAGUCGAUACACCAGUGGUUGGUAAACGCGAGGAAGACGAUAGACAUAAGGCUGAAGAAGCUCUUGCUGCUGGCGAGGCUACAUUUGCGCGCUUGGGAGAUAAUGUUGCUCUUGGAGAAGACUUUGUUCUUCGUGGCCCGUUCUCUUCGACUCUGGAUUGGAAUGACUUGGCGUGGAUGAAGGAGGAAUGGGGCGAUGUGGGGCCGAUCUGUCUGAAGGGUAUUGCUACUGCUGAAGACGCAAAGAUGGCAUCCGAUCUCGGUUUUGAGAACAUCUAUCUCAGCAACCAUGGCGGGCGCCAGCUUGACUCGGUGUCGAGUUCGUUGCGAACACUGCUGGAGAUACGCAAGUUUUGCCCCGAGGUCUUUGAUCGGUGUCAAGUCUUCGUCGAUGGCGGAUGCAGAAGAGGAAGCGAUGUCCUGAAGGCAUUGUGCUUGGGUGCUAAAGCUGUUGGGUUUGGUCGGCCGUUCAUGUAUGCGCUGAGCGCAUAUGGAACAGAAGGCGUGUUGAAAGCUAUUCAAAUGAUAAGCGAUGAGCUGGAAACGACUAUGCGCCUACUAGGCGUUACGGAUCUCAGCCAGCUACGUCCGCAUAUGGUGAAUACUAGGGAGCUAGACGCUUUGAUUAUGACCGAGCUGCCUGAUUUGGACACUCAAAAAGCGAAGCUUUAGAGGUUUCGUUACGGGAGAAGAUAAAAGCGAAAGUGCUGAUCGGCUGAAAACUAGAAUCAGGAGAUGGAGAUAGAUUCACACAUCUCAAUCAUUUAAGCGUAUCAUCUAGUAUCCAAUAUACUUGCUCAGGUGCUC